CCCCCAAGGCCACCACCUCACCUUACAGGUGCGUCUUCUCCACGGUCCAGGCACCUAAUUAGCGGAGCCAGGCCUGCAUAGUUCCACUAAUUCGGUGGGUGGCCCUUCGUUCUCUUGUGUGCGGUUGCCCAGGUGUGCACUUUAGAGGGAACUAUCCGCAGACCCCCUGAAUGGAGCUCACAGACCACUGGUAGUUCGCAGACCACAGUUUGAGAACCUCUGAUCUAGAGUAUACACAUACCAUAUAGAGGAGGACACACUGACCAUGGUAAUUUAUCUUUUAUUACCUUUGUGAGCCUCACUGAAGAAGUAGUUCAUUAGCAGAGAUUCUGAUGUAUAUCACACACUGGCUUUCUUCUCCUGUCUUUUCCCUCUCUAUUACAUGCAGAACACAGUGCAACAUAUAUAGGGUUAUAUCAAAACACUCCUAAAUGCCCAUAACAAAAGCCCCACACAGCCCAUUCUACUUCCUAAAACACUCCAACACCUGUGACCCUUGUUGAAUGAAACUAUAAAAUAACUGCUCAGUUUAACGUGAGAGGGAGGUGGUAGAGAACAACCCUAGAGAGAGUAUCCUCCAUGAAGAUCACGACCUAGUUAAUUCAUGCCAUUUCCACUGACCACAGCGUCUGGGCUCUCCUGCAGAAUAUUACAAUAGAUAAAUCCCUGGUUGGUUUGUUAUUUUUACCUCAAAGCAAAACUUCCUCCCUUCCUGGGAAAGUGUGAAGUCCUAGUUCCUGGGUACAUGUUGUAUCUGUGGCAUUUGCGUAUGUCUAUGUAAAUAGUCCAAGGUACUUCAGGAUCUGAGAUCCUAGCAUUGUCUGAGAGGCAGUAAGUGUUGUGUCCAUUAUAUGCUUCCCAGCCCCUUCUCCAGAGAGCUCUGUACCAACAGCAUGAUGCUUUCUCCUCCAUUCGUUUUAUAUUUGUAUCUCUGUCCAUGUUAUUGGGCUUUCAUAUGCCAGAACACGGGGCCUUCUUCUAAAUUCAGGAUGGACGGAGAUUACACGAUUGCAGGAUUUUUCCGACUGCAUAGCUACUCAACAACAUUGAAAUCUAGACCGGAAGUUGACAUAUGUGACAGAGCGGCCUCUGUAAACAGCCAUGGCUACCACCUGUUCCAAGCCAUGAGAUUCGCCAUCAAGAAGAUAAACAGCUCCAGCAGUCUCCUCUCCAAUGUCAUUUUGGGCUACUAGAUCUACAACACAUGCUCAGAAUCUGCCAACAUGUAUGCAACGCUGAGUAUCCUUGCCCAGAGCAGGCAGCACCAUGUGGAAGUGCUCAGCAACUUCACACACUACCAGCCCAAGGCUGUGGCUUUGAUAGGGCCAGACAGCAGCCACUUUACCCGCACCACUGCAGCUAUCCUGAGCAUCCUCCUUAUGCCAGAGAUUAGUUACGAAGCCUCCAACGAGAUGCUGAGCCUGAAGAGCGCCUACCCCUCGUUCUUGCGCACCAUCCCCAAUGAUAGGCUGCAGGUCGAGGCUCUAGUGCUGCUGCUCCAGGAGUUCAGGUGAGCCUGGUCUCUAGCCUCGGAAGUCUGGAGCAUCCCCGGCAUCCACAGAAUCCGUACAGUGAUUGGGUUGUCAGUCAAGCAGGCAAAGCUUCCAGGAUUGGAGGAAUUUGAAUCUGCCCAUGUGAAUUCAGAGCAAAGUAAUAUAGCCACGUGUGCCCCUGAUUUGGGUGCUGAAGGGAGGAGUGGUGGGAGCAGCAGCAAUGAGAGUACCAGCCAAGGCUGCAAUCAGAUCUGCACAAGGUGCCACUCAUUCACUUCAGCGCCCCGGACAUUUGAGCCCUUUAAUGUGUAUUCGGCGGUAUUUGGUGUGGCCCGCGACCUGCACAACUUGCUGGGUUGCUGCUCGGGAGCGUGCAGCAAGGACAAAGUCUAUCCGUGGCAGUUCCUGGAAAAAAUCAAGCAGGUGAAUUUCACUCUGCAGAAGAGCAAGGUGCUUUUUGAUGCCAAUGGGGAUCCCGUGACAGGUUACAACCUCCUCAUGUGGAAGUGGACUGGCCCGACCUGGUCUUUUGAUGUAAUUGGGUCUUUCCUCCAAAAGCCAGACAGACUGAACAUCAACCGGGAUGGAAUCCUGUGGCAUACAAAGAAUAAUCAGGUACCACAGCAUCUGAGCUACAUACUGGGAAAGGAGUGGCCUCAGGAGACUCUUCCAUUCCCUUCCUCUGCAGACCUCUACAAUUGCCAGCCCUGUGGGACAGAUCAGUGCGCCCCAGUGAAGAGUGAAAUCUGCUUCAAUUGGACCACCGAAUUCCUGUCCUGGGCUGACCCCGUCUCCUAGGCCCUGCUGACUGCCAUCACCCUUCUGCUGCUGCUGCUGCUGCUGCUGGCAGGGACAGCUGCUCUCUUUGCCCAGAACCUCACCAUGCCAGUGGUCAAGUCGGCAGGUGGCAGAAUGUGCUUCCUCAUGCUGGGCGCUCUGAUCUGUGCCUGCUGCAGCCUCUACUGCUACUUUGGGGAGCCCACCUGGCACACGUGUCUGCUGGGGCUGCCCAUCUUCUCCAUCAGCUUCACCAUUUGCCUCUCAUGCAUUGCAACCCGUGCCUUCCAGAUCGUCUGCAUCUUCAAACUAGUGUCUUAGCGGCCUGCCUUCUAUACAGCCUGGGUGAAGCACAACAGACCCAACCUGUUCAUCGGAGCCUGCACAGCCACCCAGGUGGCGAUGUGCCUGGUCUCGCUCAGCAUCAAUCCCUCAGUGCCCAGGAAGGACUACACGACCUUUGUGACGAUGACCAUCUUCCAGUGCUUGGAAGAUGAUGCUGUGUGGGGGCUGCUCUACAACACAAUGCUCAGUAUCUGUUGCUUGGUCAUCAGCUACAUGGGGAAGGACCUGCCUGAGAACUACAACGAGGCCAAGUGCAUCACCUGCAGCCUGCUUAUCAACUUUGUCUGCUUCAUCUGCUAUCUCACCACCUACAUCUUCUACCAUGGCAAGUACCUGGUGGCCAUCACUGUGCUGUCCACCCUGACUGGGAUCUUUGGAGGCUACUUCCUCCCCAAGGGCUACAUCAUCCUCUUCUGAGCGGAGCUCAACACCACCGAGCACUUCCAGAUGUCUAUCCAGAGAUACAGUAGGAAGAGCAGCUUAGACUGAGCCCACAGGCGGGGUAGCAGGGAGA